CCUGGGAGUAGCAGCCAAAAUGACUUUCCUGUGGACGGCUCUCACUUACCUAGUGCUCCUUGAUGUUGCCUGUGGCUGUGGGAUCCCAGUCAUUAAGCCUGAUGUGAAAUAUACAGCGAGAGUUAUCAACGGGGUGGAUGCCAUUCCUAAUUCUUGGCCCUGGCAAGUCUCGCUGCAGACUAGCUCACGUCACCAUUUUUGUGGUGGUUCCCUGAUCAAUGAAAACUGGGUUAUUACUGCUGCUCACUGCACUGUGCAACCGGGGUCAGAUUUUGCUUACUUUGGAAUGCAAAACAGAUUGGAUGAUGCUGCGCCAGUCCAAUCGCGAUCCAUAAUCGAGGUAAUCACCCACCCUGACUGGGAUUCUUACAAUAUAGAUAAUGACCUGGCUCUGUUGAAGCUGUCUACUCCAGUGGAGCUGAACGACUACGUGUCUCCGGUCUGCCUCGCUUCUCCCACGGAACUUUUCUCCCCAGAUUUAAAGUGUGUCACAUCUGGUUGGGGACGGGACAAACUGACUUCAUAUGAAUCUGCAGUCAUAUUGCAGCAAGUUGUUCUUCCCUUGGUGCCAGUAAACGAAUGCCAGGAAAAACAUUACAGGCCCAUCACCAGUUCUAUGAUCUGUGCGGGUGGAGCCGGUUCCUCGUCUUGCCACGUAAGGUUCUCUAUAAAAAGGAUUUUAUCAAGGCAGUGGUGGGAUUCAUGUACCUUCCCUACGAGAUCGCAAAUGUGAGCUCACACGCGCCGCGUCUGUGCAUGCACACCUCCUUCUCCACAUGCGCAGUGCUCGUGCAUUACGUCGGGGUGGGUGGGUGGAACUCCCGCAGCCGCAACUAGCGAUUUGCCUGAACCGGAGCGAACUGGCUGAGUACCACCUCUGCAGCGUAUUGAACUGUGAGAGAGGUUCUUUGUGUCCAGCCAUGGACUUAUUUUGGUAAGGUAGAGAAAUGCACCCAAUAAUAUACUUUAAGUGUUUCAUACCUUUGGCCCUACUGGAGGAGGCCUUAAGAGUUCCACUCACUCAAAGGUUCUAUCCACUAUCGGUGAAACAGCUUGCCCCCAACACUGGAAG